GACUAUGCACUAUGGACUAUGGAGUAUUACACUAGGCUACAAAUGAACGCAAAAUAUCACACCACUGUCAAUUUUUGGGCUUAAUGGACUUGGAGUACACCAAAACCCAUCACCCCACAGCAAAUACAACAAGUGAGUUCUUUAUCUGUUUCACUUGUACCAAUUCUUCAUCAUCAUCAUCUUCAUCUUCAUCUUCAUUUUCUUCAAUGAAGUUCUCUAAAUCAAUUCUAAGUCCUGGUCGUGCACGUGAUGGGCCUCUUUCUCUUCCCACUUCCCUUAGCCGGAGACUCCGUGCUAACGGAAGUAUAAAAUGCGGACAUGGUCAAGCCUCUCCAAUGUUUCCGAAUACUUCGGGGAAGAAACGCGGGUCCGGGUUUGAGAACCCGGAGCCUACUUCCCCGAAGGUAACGUGUAUUGGACAAGUUCGAGUGAAGACGAAGAAGAAAGUGAAGCAAACAAGGAGUUUGUCGAGAAGGAGAAGUGGGAGUGGUGAAGUGAGUUUUAGGAAAAUUGAACAACAAGUCUCUGAGGCAUUUAAUCAAACAGAUGAUAGGCUAUUGUUGAGGAAUCAGAGGUAUUCGCAGGGGAACUCCAGCGUUCAUUAUCAACAACAAGAAUGCGUUUCGCAUAGAAAUCAGAGAUGGGUUCAUCUCCCAUUGACGAUUUGUGAAGCCUUGAGGGCGUUUGGGGCGGAGUUUAGUUGCUUGUUUCCGUGUAAGUCUUCGUGUUUUUCGACUAAUGAAAGGGAAAAGGAAGGGAAAGGGGAAAAUAAUGAGCACCAGAGAUCGUGUGGGGCUGUUUUUGCUAGGUGGUUAGUAGCGGUACAAGAUGGGGAAGGAGGGAAAAGGAGGGAUAUUGAGUUGGUGGUAGCUAGUGGUGGUGAAGAAGAAAGCUCAGAGUCAGGGAAGCAUGGAACGAUGAGGAGUUCAAGAAGGCAUGUGUUUGAAGAUAUUGAGUUCAACGAUGCAAUAGAAGGGGGAGAUAAUGAAGGGAAAGGUCGAGUGGGUAUUUGUAUUCCGCCUAAGAAUGCUUUGCUUCUUAUGAGAUGCAGAUCUGAUCCUUUGAAAAUGGCUGACCUUACUAAUCGAUUCAGGGAGUCUUCAACCGUUAUGAAACACGAAGAAUUUGACGAGGAGGAAGAUGCUGGAGAACUAGAAAAAUUUGGAGAAAAUAAGCGUAUACAAGUAGUAGAAAGUCGUAAAUGUGAACCCGGUGAUGUUGUUGAAGCGACGGAGAAAUUGUGCAAAAUGACAGCUGAAACUAGUCUUUCAGUAGAUCUCAAUGAAAUCGAAGAGAAUCCGGAAGAGAUAGAGGUCAUGGAAAUCGAGGAAGAAGAGCAUGAAACUUGUGAAUUAGCAGCAGAUAUCGAGGUAGAAGUUGACAAGAUAGAGUCUCUUGUUGCAGAAUUUGAAUCUCUUGAACGGGUAAAUCGAACGGAAGACAGUGAACAGAUGGAACAAGGAGAAGAAAAACUGAAUGUUUCGAGCCAUUCGUCUUUGUUAGAAAACUCGAAGGAGGAUGAAGAAUUAGAACUAGUAACUGAAGAAGCUAAAUUGGAAUUGGAAGAAGAAAGAUUCAAGUCAUUCAUAAUGAAAGAGAUCGAGGAAAUACUAAUGCUGGAGAGCACAGAAAUGAACUCCGCAAUGUCUCAACAACAAUCUGAACAGGAUGAACAAUCUGAAGAAAACACACCCAUUGUAGUACAAAAUGAUGAACAAAUCGAAGACGAGAAGCAAAUAGAACAACCCAAAGAUCCUGAAAACGAAGAAAAAGAAUCCGUUUUGCCCGAAUGUUUGUUACUAAUGAUGUGUGAACCGAAGUUAUCAAUGGAAGUAUCGAAAGAAACUUGGGUAUGCAGAAGGGACUUUCUGAGAUGGUUACCCGAGCGAAAACAACAAGCCAAACCACCCAAAAAGGAACUUCCUGAAGAUCCACCCAAAAGGCGGAGGAGCACUGAUAGUAAACCGAGCAAACACAUGUUGCAACCACCACGAUCAUCGUGCUCUUUACCCGCGGCCACGGGGAUGUCAAUGGCUACUAUGAUUGAGCAGAAGCUAGUGAAUGCAGCUGCUUACGAGCCCUUUGUGUUGACAAGGUGCAAAUCGGAGCCAAUGAGGACUGCAGCGGCUAAGCUGACACCGGAGAAUUGUUGCUGGAAGAAUAGAAAGAUUGAGCCUCAUCGGCCCGCUACAUUCGGGGCGGCUGGAGUCGGGUUUUGAGCUGAUCCGAAUUGUUGUGUUUAUUGGAUACAAAGUAGUCUAGCAGUGUGUCUAGCUUGUACAUUUUCUUUAAAAUUUCAUCAGUAAAUUUUGUUAGUUGAAAUUGUCAAUUUUGGUCUUUGUUUUUUCAA